AUGGCACGGACCAGAAGAAGACGAAGAGUCUCCACUGCCAGAGCGAGGAAAAGGAGAUCCAGAUCAAGGCGGAGGAAGGCCGGCACGAGGAUUCCAGAUCUUAUUUUAAAUGCCGUGGCUGCGUCUCACGAGCCCAAAGGCGUGUCUCUGGUCGCGCUAAAGAAGGCGCUCGCGGGCCGCGGGUACGAUGUCAAGAAGAACAACUCGCGCGUCAACCUCGCGCUCAGAUCGCUCGUUAGGAGAGGUUUGCUCGUGCAGACCGGAAGGGCCGGAGCGCGCAGGUCGUUUAAGGUGAGCAGUCGCGCUGCGAUGAGGAGGAGGAGGCCAGUCAGGAGGCGUAGAAGAGCUACUAGAAGGGCACCCAGGAGAGUGAGGAGGAGGAGGCGGAGGAGGGUGAAGAGACGUUCAGUAAAGAGAAUGACCAUGAGGCGAAGGAGGAAGGUGAGAGGAGCGAGACGUAAAGCCGCAAAACGCAGAAGAUCCACGGUCAGGAGAAGGAGGAGGAGGAGAAGAGCUGCCAGGAAGUAGUGAGAGACUCCAUCAUCCUCCAAAAAUAAUUUCACUGGCAAUCAACCUAAUGACAAAAUAUCACAAAAUAAGGACAACUCAACUGAGACAGAAAUGAGACAAUUAAAUAAAAAACGCAAGCAAAUCGCUACUGAACAUACUGAGAAAUCCAAGAACACAACUACCAUCACCCGCUCAGUUAAAGCGGGCAUCCAAAGUAAGGCUUGUUUAUUUAACAUGAACUGAAACAAAAGAAACCUAUUAGAGUUCCAAAGUAAAA